CCGAGCUCGAGAGUGCAAGGGCACCAACCGAUCAUUUCGAAGAGCUGAGUUUUUCCUUACGACAAGGUUCGCUGUCGGCACGUGAUCACGGAGAAACGCCUCGGAAUCAUCCUUGCCGCCCUCAGACCGUGGCGACAUGGAGCGCGUGCUGCAGUUUUCGGUGCUCUUGUGGAAGAACAUGUACCUUCGACGCCUGAGGGUGCGUCCGGUCGCCUUCGUAGUCGAGAUUCUCAUGGUGACCGUGCCGUUCUUCAGGAUCCAGAACGAGCGUGGCCGCGUUGGCAACGACGCCGUGGUCAGCAGCAUCAUCUACCCCGUGUACACGCCGGACUUAUCAGACCUCAGGUUGGACACGGUCUUCUACGGACCCGUCAACAAGUACACGCGCCGUAUCAUCGACGCCGUCCAGAAGAGGCUGCCUGGAGUCGCGGUGAAGACAAUGAUGGACGAGACGACUAUGGCGCGGAUGGUCUUCUCAAGGAACGUGACACCGAACACAGUCGGUCUCUACUUCGAAACGGAAGCUCUCGGUGACGACGUGCCCCACGAUCUUGCGUACACCAUCAUGUUCUCGAGUGGUGCAUACGAGAUUAUCAAGUCUCGCAAGGUCGUCACAGAGACUGGACCCUCGCAAGCCGAAGACCGUGAGUGGGAACUCGUAAUGCUUCAGAUAUCAAAACUGCUGUUUGCUUAGGAGUGGCGUGCAGUGUUCUUGGUUCCAAGCGAAAUAAAUAAUGAA